AGUUGGAGAGAGAGCAGAGAAAAGCCGAGAGGUGUAGGAAGAAGAAGGGAGCAUGAAGCAAAGAUGGUUGAGAUUAUGUUACUGUAGCCAGCCAAGCCAAAGUGAGAGAAAGAGGAGAGAGUAGGGGAGGACUGAGGAGUGUAUUCCAAGACACAAUGAUUACGUCGUUUUAGGGAGGGCAGGAGGGGAGGCGUGGAAUUGGAAAGCAGAAGGUUGGGGGUGGGGUGGUGCAGAACGUGGGUCUUGACCGAGGUGGACCUGCAUCCAAUUUUUGGAUCUCUUUUCACCGCGUCAGGCCUGGUCGGCUCUAUUUCAAUGCUCGGCCAUCGCCAUGCUCCCUUUUUCCUUCCUUGUCCUCUUUUCUUGCUCCUGUCGCCGUAGCAGCGGAGCGUAAUUAUAAUAUCUUCGAGAGGGGCGGUGCCGAAAAGAGAGAACCCCUCCGAAUAUGGGGAAUCGGAGAGCGAAUAGCGUAGAAGGAAAGUAAAAGCCCUGAGGAUUGCCGUACACGAGAGAGGAGAGUAGAUUAGCUGGCUUAUACAACUCCCCCAACUGCGCAUAAAUAGAGAGCCCAAUUCUAUCUAUUCCCCGGAAGGAUUAAAAGGAGGAGAAGGGAAAAGAAAACCAAAAAGAUCGCAGCUUUUUAUGUUGAAAUACCCUAAAGAAGGAGAGAGGGAGAGGAAAGGGACGUAGGAUUGGGUCGAAGAGAUGGAAAAUAAUGGUGAUGGUUCUUCUAGUAAGAUCCACGAAUUCCAAGGCUAUCAGGAAGAGGAACAGCGGCAACAGCAAUACAACAAUAACAACAUGAGCAACCAUAUUGGUGGUGGUGGUGGUCAUGCGGGGUUUGUCUUUCCAGCUGAAGCUGCUGCUGCUAUUGGUGUUGUUGGCAGUGUUGCUUCUCCUUCUAUUCUGCCAUGGCCGCUAGCGACUCAGUUUGCGCCAUCUAAUUUAGUUCGAGAUCAGAAUCAAGGGCAGUUCUUUCCUUCUCUCCCGACACUCCCUCCGCCGCCUCCUCUUUCCCCUCCUUUCUAUGGCGACUUGUAUGCACGGCGGGCUUCGACGGCUCUACAGUUUGCUUACGGUGGUGCUGGUCUUGGCUCGUCAUCGGAUACUUCGGGAUUGGGUGGUCUUUACAUGGGGUCCGAGGCAUUGGCUCGCGGCGGAGGGGUGUCUUCUUUGUCGGCCUUCGGAGGCCUUGAGUUGGGUAAGUUGACACAGCAGGAGAUCAUGGACGCCAAAGCUCUUGCAGCUUCCAAGAGUCACAGCGAAGCCGAGCGCCGGCGGCGCGAGCGCAUCAACGCCCAUCUCGCUAAGCUGCGCAGCUUGUUGCCCAACACUACCAAAACGGACAAAGCCUCCCUGCUCGCGGAGGUCAUCCAGCACGUCAAAGAAUUGAAGCGGCAGACGUUGGAAAUCGCCGAAGAGAGCCCGCUGCCGACCGAAUCCGACGAGCUCACAGUUGAUGCCGGCAGCGAUGAGGAUGGCAGAUUCAUCGUGAAGGCCUCGCUGUGCUGCGAUGACCGCUCGGAUCUCCUUCCAGACCUUAUCAAGGCACUGAAGGCUCUCAGGCUUCGUACGCUUAAGGCCGAGAUCACCACCCUCGGCGGCCGUGUCAAGAAUGUGCUUGUCAUCACCGGCGAGGAUGAUGCUGACCAUCAGCAGCAGCAGUCUAUUGCCUCCAUCCAAGAAGCACUGAAAGCGGUCAUGGAGCGGGCGGCGGCCAGUGAUGAGCCGUCCUCGGCCGGAGGUAUCAAGCGGCAGCGGACCACCAACCUCUCUACCAUACUUGAGCACAGGUCUAUUUAACUCAAACAAAAAAUAUAUACAUAUAUAGUAAUAUAAGAUUGUAACUAUAACUAUAUCUCUCUCAAUCUUUUUUGCCAUGAUGGGUUUAGGAUAGUAAUUAUACUGUUGUGUUGUUUGGUGCCUGUCUGCUCGCCAGAAGGGGAAGCAUUUUGUUUUGUUGUUUGUGGGGAUUGCAGUGAUAGAGAAAGGGGAGGUUGGGCCUCUGGCCGGAAAGGGUGGAGGUGGAUCCUUUUCGUGAGAAGGAGUGGGGUGCACAAUAAAUAUUCUGAUUGAGAAAUAGCGGGAGUUAAUGCUACUAAUGAUGGAUGGAUACCGGACGGGCAAUAUUGGGCAAUGCUUCCCGUGCUGGCUUUGGCCUCUGCAAGGCUUGCAGUCGAGUCUCUUUUUGGUGGAUUUGCUUUGUAGUUUGGGGCGCGUCUUGCGACGUCGGCAUCGAUCCAAGGCGCCGUGCAUGACGUAUAUAUGAUCCGAGGCAUGCAGCUCCCGUGUGGAUAUCCACUGGAGAAUUUGAAGAGAAAAAAGAGGUUGGAGCUCGAGGUUCUAUAAUCCGUCAUUGCCCAAGUUUCUUAUGCUGUUGAUGGUGCCUGAGUUCAAUAUUUUUCAGCCAACCAUAUUUAGUUUGAGGGUCUUAGGCCUGUUUUAGAGAGUGCAAGCAUGUAUUCAGCUCUAGAAAUGUUGCUGUUCUUGUAAUCGAGUCUCUUUCUCAUUCAUUUCCUCAUUUACAGUCUUGACUGCAGCUUCUGGAAUUCUCUACGCUGAGGAGUAAUGGCUAUUGUAAGACUGCAAGGUUGUAGCGUUUGGAAUGUGGAACCAACAUUGCAUGAAAACAAUGGUAGAAUGUUAUAUU